AUGACUGCUGUCGAAACAAUUGCAGAACGUUUUGAAAGAACAGAGAGAAAAUUGGGAAAGGCCGAGAAGAAAUUGGAAAAGUUCGAGGAAGAAAAGGAGAAGAGGUUGAACGAGAAGAAUGAUGGGGUGAUGAUAAAGAGAAGAAGUGGAAAACAGAUUAAAGGAGGUCCUUUACAAUUAAUGCCAACAGAAAGGGAAAAGAAAGGAACUCCGACCAAAAUCCAGCAGAAACAAUCAAUAUGUUGGAAAGUAAAACAGAAGUCAAAAUAG